AUGCCGGCUCUGGUACGACGACUACUGAUCUGGGCAGUGGCAGACGGCCUUGUCCUUCAAGCUCAUGGGCCUUCUGAACACCAUAAGUCGAUUCACAUCGACUAUGCCAAUCGCCAGAUCAAGGAGCUCCCUGCCACGGGCCCGGGUGCUGGCGCUGGUGCUGAGACCAGAAAAGGCAAUGUGCUUGAGGCGCAUGGGAUCAUAGGCUUGCUCUCCUUGGCAUCGUCGACGUUCUUGAUUGCCAUCACACAGCGCGAACAGGUGGCUCAGAUCUUUGGCAGGCCGGUCUAUGUGGUCACGGACGUGACGCUCGUGCCUUUGUCUUCGCAGAGUGAUGCCAACCAGGCCAUCUCAGCGAGCAUCACCUCUAGAAGCCGGGAGGUAACGAUGGAUUCGGAUUCGGAUUUUAGCGAUGAUCCUGGCGAGCACGACGACGAUGCUCGAUCUGAAGCAGAACUGCAUGAUGCAGAACCCGAGACGCCCCUUGACGAUGGUCGCCCCGAGCAGCUCCGGACCUCAUCUAAUACCAGCAUCGCCAGAGAUGUGAUUGCCAAUCGUGGCCAGUAUGGUAGGUUCGCUUCUCAGUGGUUCUCCAGGCAAGGGUGGGGCGUCGACCGGAAUGUCAACAGCGCAGCUACCCCUGCUACAGGUUCUAAGAAGUAUGAGAAGGUGGAUGCGGCUGUUGUAAACGCUGAACCUCCAAAGGAAGCCGCUCAGAAGGACGAAGCUCGCGAAAAGGAGCAAGUCCUUGCCGAAAAUUCAAUCGCGGACGCUCUGCCAAAGAUUCUACGAAGCACCAAGAUGAUAUUGACGUCAAGGAGUUACUUCUUUUCUUAUGAAUUCGACUUGACCCGGAGACUGGCGCUCUUGAAUGGCACGCCGAAGGCUCCGUCCCGGGAGUCGCUGGAUCCUUUGUAUCUCUGGAAUAGACGACUUGCUACACCAUUUUUGGACUCCCGGCAGGAAGCAUUUGUUACGCCCGUAAUUCAAGGCUUUGUGGGCCAGAGGGCUUUCCUUGUCAAGAAAUCUCAGGCCGAUGAUUCCCAGUCGGCUCAAGUGGUUGCAGCUGAGGUUGGCGAGCAAUCUGGCGAACUUGCACAAACAAUUGGCCAAGCCAAGGUAGGAUUGGCAAAUCUGAGCGAUGACACCCGAUCUUACCUUCUUACUCUGGUAUCUCGACGGUCUGUCAAGCGGUCUGGGCUUCGGUAUUUACGCCGAGGGAUUGACGACGAAGGUAAUUGCGCGAACACGGCGGAAACAGAACAGAUUCUCUCCUCACCGGAUUGGUCGCCUACAAGAAACAUAAUCUCAUUUGUGCAGAUCAGAGGCUCUAUUCCGUUGUACUUCUCGCAAUCACCUUACUCGUUCAAACCUAUCCCGAUCUUGCAUCACCCCGCGUCCAAGAAUGAGGCAGCACAGAAGAAACAUUUUCAAGAUCUCAAGAGAAGAUUUGGAGGGGUUCAGAUCGCCGCUCUCGUCGACAAGCAUGGGACUGAGGCGGCGAUCGGCGAAGCAUAUGACAAAACCAUUCAUUCUUUGAUCGAAGGUCACGGAUUAGAAGACAUUCAGUUCGAGUGGUUUGAUUUCCACGCCGAAUGUCGCGGCAUGAAGUUUGAAAACGUGUCAAGAUUGAUACAGAAGCUAGAGGCGACACUCGAGGCAUACGGUGAGACCGUCAUCUCAAAUAACGAAUUGAGGAAAGUACAAUCAGGAAUCAUCCGGACCAAUUGUAUGGAUUGCUUGGAUAGAACCAAUGUUGCACAAAGUGGGUUUGGGCAGUAUAUGUUGCAGAGAGAUCUGGAGAGAGAGGGUUAUACGAUCGACUUGCUUCACGAUGAGAGCACAACAUGGUUCAAUACGUUAUGGGCAGACAAUGGAGAUGCGAUUUCGCGACAGUAUGCCUCGACGGCGGCUUUGAAGGGAGAUUUUACCCGCACUCGACGGCGCGAUUAUCGAGGUGCGCUGAACGAUUUCAGCCUGACGCUGACUCGGUACUACAAUAAUAUGGUCAAUGAUUAUUUUUCGCAGGCAGUGAUCGAUGUUCUCCUCGGCAACACGUCUUGGAAGGUGUUUGAAGAUUUCGAGAGCACACUGAUGAGGGCUGACCCUGGCAUCUCGAUUGAGAAAAUCCGAGAAACGGCGAUUGAAAACUGUGCCAAACAAGUCAUUCAAGAUGAAAGUGAGGACUUGAUUCAUGGAUGGACGAUGCUGACACCUUCGCAUGAGAACACUUUGCGUACCCUCCCAUUCGAGGAAGCGGUUGUUCUGUUGACCGAUGCAGCCCUGUAUUGCUGCAGGUUUGACUGGACGACGGAGAAGCUUGCGUCUUUCGAGAAGGCCGAUCUGAGAUCGAUCUCCAAGAUCCGAUAUGGGACGUACAUCACAUCGACGUUCUCAGAGCGACAAAUGAAGGAAGACCUGAACGCCGGGGUGGUGAUCGUGUAUCAACCUGGCAAGGAAAGCAUCAUCCGCACCAAUACAAGGUCGCUGCAGAACUACGUUGCUCAGAAGUCUGAAGGGGGCUCGGAAAACCGCAUCGAUGGGGGAACAGGGAUCCUGUCGUGGCUGGCACCUUCGUCACCACCGACGUCGAGAACAAUUGCGAUCAAAGUCAUUCCGGCCAUGACAGAUGACGAGACGUCAGAAACAGGCCGAUCUCAGGAGUCGGCCGUGGAUAUGGCUCAGACUGUGGCCGAGGAAGUGCAACGAGCGAUCACAGGGACACCAUCCAUGUCAGCAGCAGCAGCAGGAGGAGGUGUUGGGGCAGGCAAGGAUAGCCUUGUCGAGCAUGAACCUAUCAUUUCAUUGGCAGAGGCGAAGAAGCGAACGGGAUAUUUUGAACAAUUGGGGCAUUCCCUCAAGAAACUGGUGUGGGCGUGA